AUGACUGAGCAGGCGAAGUCAACACUGUCCCUGCACCGUAAACCCGAACUGGGAAGCCUCGAUGCGUCCAGCCCCCGUGCGUCCAGCCCCCGUGCGUCCAGCCUCGGUGCGUCCAGCCCCCGUGCGUCCAGCCCCCGUGCGUCCAGCCCCCGUGCGUCCAGCCCCGGUGCAUCCAGCCUCCGUGCGUCCAGCCUCCGUGCGUCCAGCCCCGGUGCGUCCAGCCUCCGUGCAUCCCUCCCCGCUGGCCGCGCGGCUGCAGAGCUGCGGCGGGGGAGAGGAGCGGGGGAGAGGAGCGGGACGCGGCGCUGCGGCUGCCUGGAUAUGAUUUCGUUUUGGCUGCUGUGCUGGAAGCUGUUGAGAGCUACAGCUGGACUUACAAGGACAACACUUGAGCUCACAGAGGGCAGCCACGCCAGCAAAAACAACUUUUCCCCUCUUACACAGCCUGAGGAUUCAGUUACCAUGGAGAUCAGUUCAUCAUCCCCAUUGUCAGACCUGGAGAGACACAGCUGCACCAGUCAGGACGUGGAUGACCUCCAAGAACCAGAAGUUCCUGGAGAGGAAAACAAGGCCAUAGAGAAAGGUCAAAGGGCGACAAAUGAAUGUCACUAUCUUGUUUUUGACACUGGAGACCACAAGAGAAAAGACAUGGAACCAGGUGAAGGAGGAGAGCAGGAGGAAGUUUGUAUGAGAGGAGAAACUCAAGAAGAAAAUGAUAGGAGAUGUAAAGAUGAAGAGGAGGAAGAUGUGAUGAGAGCAACAGAAGAAGAUAAAGAAAAUGAAGGAGAUAUUGAAGAGCACAAUGUAGGGGAAGUAGAGAUGAAGAAUGGAGAUGGAGGAGAAAGAAAGGGUGACAAUUUAAAGAGAAGAGAAACAGAGGAAGAACGUGAACAGAGACAACGCAUAAAGGAAUGCAACAAAUGGGUAACAGAAAUGCUGGGGGAGAUGAAACGAGAUAAUCUACCAGAACUCAUUGCCACAGAAAUGACAGAAUGCACAUCAUCGGAUUCCUCAGAUGGUCCAGAGGUCACGUCCUUGGAGGUCCAUCAACACGACCCUGGCACCAGAGAUGACCUCAGUGACAGCCACCUUAGUGAUUGCCUCCAAGCAGAGCUGGCUAUGAUAUCCUCGGACAGCGAUGUGGGUGAGGAGCAGUGGGCCAUCUCAGGAUCCUGUGAUGUCACCGGUGAGGCACGGAGAGGGGAAGUCAUCUCUGAUGGAACAUGCAAUACUAAGAGAAAGAUGGAGAGUACAGCAAAAGAGGAGGUAGAGCAGGAAAGUGGAGCCCUGGAACAGAAGGAGGAGAUAGAGGAUAGAGGGACAAGCAGGGAAGAUGAUGAAAAUCAGAGAUCAAAGAAAGAUGUUUUCCUCCUGUCUCCUUCAGUCAACUACACAGCUGGCUCAAGUGACUCUGACAAGAAGAUUCCUCAAGAUUUCUGUGUGCUAGAAGAAACUCUCAGUGAAAAUGUCUCCACUGAGCAUGUGGACUUUCUGUUGGCUUGCCAGCAGUGGAAGAAGAUGGAAGAGGAGGUCAAAGGUCAGCCCAUUCCCAAACCAGAGCUGAGAGCUGGGGGAAGUUUCCAAGGCACCCACUCUUCAUUAUACCCCCCGACUCGAAGCCCACGCAUCAAACACAGGGAAUUCCCUCUGUCCUCCACCUUGUCGCCUAGUUCAGAAGAAUCAGGCUUGGAUGAAUUCUUUUACCGCAGCGCCCUGGAGGAGUCAGAGAGUGCCAUUGAAAGAGAGAUCCGACUGACUCUAGAGAGAGAAGAACAGCAUCGCAGGGAGAGGGGGAUGAUAGCGCAGGGCCGGACUGUAACCAGACCGUGCAGCCUGCAGACGGGAAGAUCUCCCCCAAGACCUCCAGCUUGCCGCACCCCUACUCUGUCCUUCUCACAAUCCCCUUCCUGUUCCUCCAGCCUCCCCAGAUCAGUGUAUCAUGAAAUGACAGCAAAUAACGUUAUUAUCCUGGAGCCCGACUCUUCUAACUCUAUCUCCAGAAGCCGGCUCCGCUCAUCUGGCAUAGGUGGCUUUUCCUAUUGGCCUGGUAGCCUUGAUGUGGUUCCCUCUGCUAACGUUAUUGUUGUGGAAACCUCCAAUCUGAUCAUUCGCAGUGCUUCUGAGUUCUGCCUCAGCUCUGCACCAGUGUCUGUGGAAACACAAGAAAGCACUUUCACAUCCAACCCUUUUUACAAGCUACGCUCCAUCAGCAGUCAGUCACUGGUGGAACAAGAGAUCAGGAUGGUGAGGCAGAGGGAGGAGGAAUGGAGGAGGCAGAGAGAAGACAUGUGGAGGAAGAAAAGAGAGGAACAGUGGAAGAUGGGGCAAGAAAGGUACGAUACUGUGCUGGUGUCCCCAGGCCUGAACGAAAACAUCAGUUUAAAUGUGUCUGAGGUUCCAGACAGAUGUGUCUCCUCGCCUUCGUCCCCAUCCAGGGCCCGCAAAAUGGAACAAUCCAAUUUCACUCGUGGCCACAAGUUUCCUCCUUUCCUCUCUGCAGUGUUUCAUCAGCAGAACGCCAUGGCGCAGCGGUGGGAGGCCUCACUAAUAACCAAUCAGAAGAAGGACUAAGCGGCAACAGCACUCAACUAACUAUUUUAGAAGCUGAAAAUCCUUCUAAAUCAGUUUUUCGCCAUGUUCUGUCCAAAAAAACUUGAGCACUCAAAUGUCAUCAGGAAAUAUCAGUUUCAGGCCACGUUUACACAUAGCCGGGUAUUUACAAAAACGGAUAUUUCCCCCUCUACGUUUUGAAAAAUACCAUCAUUUACAUGAACCCGCAUAAAUAGCUGUUAAGGUUCUAUGAGCAGCCAAACCUACAGGGGGCAGUGUAACGAGAAGAUAAAGUCAUGCUAGCCAAUCAGAAUCCUGGAAAAAAACAUCAACAAAUGACACGAGUAACUUCCAGUUACUUCCAAGAUGAACCAGAGUCUUUCGUUUGGAAUGACAGAGAAGUGGUGUUACUUUUAAGUGUGACUUUAGAAUAUAAAACAGGUAAAAUACAAGAAAAUAUUGACGGUGGUCAAACAAAUUGUAAACACAGGUGUCACUCAUGACGCUGGUGACGUUUCUGUCUCAUAAUGUGACGUUCUGAAGCCUAAAUGUCCGUUUCCCUCCGUUUACAAGCAAACGUGAAGACGAAGUUUUUGCAAAUCUCCACUCUGGCCGGAGUUUUCAGAAAUUAUCGUUUUUAGUGACUUUGAGCUUUGUUUUUGUGUAAACGAACUGCCAAAACGCAUGAAAACAUCACCGUUUUUGCUACGUGUAAACGGGGCCUCAGUUAGCUACAGGUUAGAGCCCGAAAUAAGUGAGAUCAUUUCUGCCAUAUCCUCUGAUGAGGAGAUUUGUCUUUCAUUAAACUAAAGAUUUAAGAAAUUUAGCUUUGUGGUUUUCUAAAUUUAGAAGCUCAUAAUCCUCUUUUGAAUGAUGCUUCAAAUAUUACGACACAUUGGAACUUACUGUGUCCUCCCAUUUUCACUUGAUUUAAUUUAUUUUCUGGCUCACACAUUUUCACAGUCAUAAACCUGUACAUGUAUUAUUAUAUCUGCAUCACCAUUAUUAACUUUAGAUGUCCCAUGUAUACUUUGGACCAUGAACCAUGGAUGUUUUUUUCCCCUAACAAAUAAAAUAUAAACAAGCAUUUUAAUUUGUAUGCAUUUAAGAAUUAUGGUACAAGUAGAACUUUAUAUCUUUAUUGGUUAUUAUGUAUGAUGAACUGUAAUGUAUUGUGAUUUUCAAUUUGUUUUCUAGGUGGGCACUUUUUAAUUUAAGAUUUUAGUCUACCACAUCCAAGCAACAACUUUAAUGUUUGCUUUUUAAAACUGUAGCUACGUAUGUUGGGAUUUGAGAACCUAGAGUCGGUGCAAGACUAAAGUUUAGAGCAAAGAGAAGUACAGUUAGUUGUAUUCUUUUCAAACUAGGACUCAUAUAUUUUAAGUAAGCCUUCCCAAACUUUGAACAUCACUGCUUUUGUGAUGAAACAAGUUUGUAUGUCCCAAGUUUCCCAGGAUUUCCCAGGGUUGCCAAGCCAUCAUGCCUAGUACCUGUUGAGUCAUACUUGAUAGAGUGAAAGUUUGCUUUGUCGAAGUCUAUAUAAAGGGAGUUUCUUUUGAAGAUAUUUAAAUCUCAAUGCUGCAAGAACUGCUAGUUUCCAUUUGAUCCUUUUUUGCCAUGGAAUGCAAGAUGUAUGAAACAGUUUGUGGGCAUUUUUGAUUCAGUCACCUUGCUAGCAGAACACCAUCGUGCAAGCCUGUUUCAGUUGAACAGCAAAAUAAUACGGGUCUGCUUGUUUAAGCUCAGUUGACACGUUUGCAGUAAAGUUACACCGUAGCUACUCGAUUCAAUUCAAAUAACUUUAUUAAUCCCAGAAGAGAAAUUGAUUACAGCAUAGUGAAAUUUAACAAUCUCUCUCCAAAUGUAACUAUGCAUCACGUUGACGCAAACUGCAAGUAAUGUGAUUGUUCCUGUUGAUAGCAUCGAUACUUAUGUAUUUCCUACAACUACUUCUUUGCUGCUAUUUUCAAAACAGACGGGGAGAUAGAGCAGAUUCAUGAGCAACUUAUUGAAGAAGUCAAAAGUAUGUCAUCUCCUCACUACAAAAAAAGCCUGAAAGCUCUCAAUUCCUUUCUUCCUUGCUGUGAUUUCAUUAAAAUUUUCUGCUGUUCAACUUUUAUGAGCUCCAAUUCACACACAAUCUGCUGUAUUGCCCCCAUUUUUGAUGAAUGAAAAAAGAAGCAAUAGCUGAAGUGAAGUCAUGUUUAUUCACAUGAUUCCAUCUCAGAAAACUUAAGUACUGCAUUAAUAAUAAUAAUAAUAAUAAUAAUAAUAAUACCUUUCAGGGCACUCAAGGUUGCCGUACAAAAGGAGAAUAAAAAUAAUCAAUAAAAACAUGGCAAUCCAUCAAAAACAUAACAAAGUACAAUACAUAAAACAACAGUAAAGUGCAAUAUUGAGGUCAUUCCAGUCCCAAUAUUAUUGUGAGUAUGCCAGUCUGAAGAGGUGAGUUUUAAGGCGGGAUUUGAAGGUGAUGACAGAGUCUGACAGAUGAAUGUGGCAGUGAGUUCCAGAGGCGGGGGGGCGAGCGGCCGAAGGGGCCGAGCGGCCGAAGGCCCUCGACCCCAUGGUGGAUAGGCGAGUAGAUGGGAGGGUGAGUUGGAUAGAAGAGGAGGACCUGAGAGAACGGGUGGGGAUGUUAAUAUGAAGGAGCUCAGCAAGAUACUGUGGGGCUGGUUGUUGAUGGCCUUGAAGGUGAGAAGAAGAAUUUUAAAAGUGAUGUGGUAUUUAAUUGGAAGUCAAUGGAGCUGGUGGUGUUAUAUGACUGGAAGAGGGGGUUCUGGAAAUUAUUCUGGCGGCGGAGUUUUGGACAAGUAUCAGUUUAUGGAUGGAUUUGUCAGGUAAACCAAAAAGCCGGGAAUUACAAUAAUCAAGACGGGAUGCAAACAGGGUGUGGACCAGGAUAGCAGUACUGUUGGGUGUGAGGGAUGGACGGAGGCGUGAGAUAUUAUGUAGAUGGAAGUAGGCUGAGCGGGUGACAUUAUUAAUGUAGGACUGAAAUGAUAAUGUACUGUCAAGGAUGACAAUCUAUGCUAAUGUGUGAAAGAAAAUGAAAGAAUAUCAGAAAACAAAAUUUAUUUGGAAAAUAUUCUAGAUUUCCUUGUGAUAGCCCUUUAAAAUGAGCUGCUACUGUUUGUGACACAUUAUCUUCGCUUUGAAAGCAUAUACAUGGCACAUUAUAAUCAGAUGUAAGCUUUUCUUGGAUUGACGCAGCCUUUGAUUGUCUUUGGAACCUGACAAUCUAAUUAUAAAAUUAAAUGAGGACUUUUUUCCCCCCAGUUUUUUAAAUCUCAUUUUCUUUUAUAGAAGACGUCACACACACACACACACACACACACACACACACACACACACACACACACACACACACACACACACACACACACACACACACACACACACACUGUAUUAGUGUUAUGAUAUAGAGUAUUUACAAUGUGAUGUAUGAAAUGUUUUCCAUGUCAUAGUGAUUUACUUUCUGGUGUGGUAUGUGUCAAUAUUUGUACGAGUGAGCUUAUGUCAGUUCUCUUUUUUUUCUGCAUUAACUUCAGAUUGGUUUUUGCACUGUUGUUCCAGAAUACUCUUUUUUGG